AUGACAGACGAAUCACGAAAUAUCGAGUUCAAUAAUAGCGAUCACAUCCAGAAACGCAAGAACGAUAAUGUGGUCAAUGUGAAUGAUGGUGGGGGAGGAAGCAUUAGCGAGGAGUUGAGUUCCGUAGAUGAGGAUGACCGGGAACUGGAAGCGUUGGGAUAUGUACCGAGUUUUAAGAGGGAGUUUUCGAACCUUGCGACGAUCAGCUUUGCAUUUAGUAUCAUGGGAUUGUGCUCGAGUAUCGCGACGACGUUCAAUACUCCGCUUACACUCGGCGGACCGUCUUCGGUAACAUGGUGUUGGAUCCUCGGUGCAUCAAUGUGCUUUACGCUAGGCGCAUCAAUCGCGGAGAUUGUUAGCGCGUUCCCAACGUGUGGAGGUCUGUAUACUGCGUCCGCGCAGCUCUGUCCGCCAAAACGCCGCGCAAUCGUAGGGUGGGUCGUUGGGUGGCUAAACAUCCUUGGCCAAGUAGCCGGCCUCGCGUCGACAGAGUUUGGCUUGGCAAACAUGAUCUGGGCUGCCGUCUUUCUCGGAAGAAGUGGAGACUUCGAAAUUACUCAAGGAAAGACAGUUGGACUCUUUACGGGAUUGCUUAUCCUGCAUGGAAUACUCAAUUCAUUUGCCACGCGUCACCUUGCAAUGUUCACCAAAGGAUUUGUAUUCGUCAACCUUGGAGCGACCAUCUUGAUCAUAAUCGUGCUCCUCGCUAUGACGCCUCGAUCAGAAAUGCACUCCGCAGCGUACGUCUUCGGCUCGGAAGGAAUCACCAACCAAACAGGUGGAUGGAAUACGGGACUUGCAUUCCUUUUUGGAUUGCUCAGUGUGCAAUGGACGAUGACGGACUAUGACGCGACGGCCCAUAUUUCCGAGGAAGUGAGACGUGCCGCUUACGCUGCACCAAGUGCUAUUUUCAUUGCGGUCAUUGGUACUGGACUGAUCGGGUGGUUGUUUAAUAUCGUCCUCGUCCUGUGCUCUGGCCCCCUCGAGAACCUACCAGGUGACUCGCAAAGUGCAGUUCUGCAAAUUAUGGUUAACAGAAUAGGAACGCCAGGGGCACUCUUCCUCUGGGCUUUUGUCUGCAUGACUGCAUUUUUUGUGUGCCAAACUGCUCUACAAGCAUGUUCGCGCACCGUAUAUGCCUUCAGUCGGGAUCAUGGGCUGCCAGAUGGAGGUUUGCUUGGUAGAGUGAGCACCAUCACUCAAACGCCUCUUCCUGCAGUCUGGGCAACGACGCUGUUUAGUGUCCUACCUGGCUUACUCGACUUUGCGAGUCCCGUUGCCGCACAAGCGAUCUUUUCACUCACAGCGAUGGCCUUAGACAUUUCGUACAUCAUUCCGAUAUUCUUGCGACGAUUUUAUCGUAAUCAUCCUGAAGUCAUUUUCAAACCCGGGCCGUUCUACAUGGGUCCUGGUCUACUCGGUUGGGCAGCAAACGUCAUUUGCAUCACCUGGACAAUUUUUGUCUCUGUGAUUUUCUCUAUACCAACCGUUUUGCCUGUCACUCCGCAGAACAUGAACUAUGCGUCGGUUAUUACAGGCGGAGUCGUCAUCCUCUCUGGAUUAUGGUACAUCCUCGCGGCACAUCAUCAUUACAAAGGACCAACAUCGAACCUACCACCGGAGGAGCAAGCCAAGAUAGACAAGCAGCGCCGAUUUGGGGAGGCAUGA